UGAGCAAAGAGCAGCAUUUUACAAGCUCACUGUAUGCUGAGAGGAGCUGCUCAAACAGCGUGCGGCUACAAAACACAGCUUUUAUCUCAUGCGUCUUCAACAUACUGCGCAGCGCUCUGCAUUUUGGAGAUCAGGUGAAGGAACUCCUGAACAACUCGUUACAGAUGCUGUGAGAAUCAACCCACGCUGUGUGACUGUAAUUUGCCAAAACAAUCUGCGAAGAUGAACAUGACCGUUGGUAACUGCAGUGAGCCUUCAACAGAGUACCAGUACUACUUCUUCCCAGGGGUCUACAUCUUGGCUUUAGUUGUAGGUCUCCCAGGAAAUGUAGCUGCUCUCUUCGUCUUCGCCUUCAGGACCACUCCCCGCACGGCCUUCAGCGUGUACAUCAGCAACCUGGCUCUGGCGGACAUCGUCAUCCUCUGCACUCUGCCCUUUAAGAUCCACUACCACCUCAACAGAAACAACUGGGUGUUUGGGGACAUCGCCUGCCGCAUCACCGGGAUUCUGUUCUUCGCCAACAUCUACAUGAGCAUCUGUUUCAUGACUUGUAUCUGCGUGGAUCGCUACAUGGCCACCGUACAUCCGCACACCUAUCUGAAGCUGCGGAGCCCCUGGUGCUCCCUGGUUGUGAGUGUGGUGCUCUGGUGUGUGGUCGUAGUGGCUAUGCUGGUGUUUGUCCUCUUGGGACCUCUGGCAACCAACUCAGACAAAUCUGGAACCCACAGCUGCUUUGAGAACUUCGCCAGGAGCGAGUGGAACACACGUUUGGCGGCGUACAGCAUGCUGUGCCUCAUCUUUGGCUCUCUGCUGCCCUCCGUGAUCAUCCUGGUGUGCUACCCGCUGGCUGCGAGGCGCAUCUCCAUGAUAAGGACUAAAACGGCCCAAAAAGCCGUGAGGGUCAUUUACAUCAUCCUGGCUAUAACGCUGCUCUGCUUCCUGCCCAACCACGUGGUGUACCUGCUGCACCUCCUUCGACGCAUGGAUGUCAUCCAGAGCUGCUCCUUGGCCAACGUCAUCUACAACGCCAGACGGGGCACCAUGGCGCUCGUCAUCCUCAACACAUGCCUGGACCCCGUGCUGUACUACGUCACCACCAGCCACUGCAAAUGGAAACCUUUAAGGUUGUCUUGGCUGUGGGGAGGAGUGAGGAGGAGGAGGGGUGUUUAUACCAUUGCCGUGAGAUGAAGGGUUAAU